AUGACAUUCGGUGUAGCAGCAUGGCCGCCACCAGGUCCGAUCCCCAAUGCCUUUCAGUCCCAUCACCAAGGCUCCAAUUUCGCGAUAUUCGUUAUACUGUUCGCUUUGUGCAUGAUGGAGGUGGUUGUUCUUAAAAUCAUGACUGAGGAACAUAGUCGGGAGCAAUCCAGGAGUGUGACGUCGAUGUGGUUUGAUAUGGAUGAUGAUUAA